AUGCCCCUCGCUAGGAGGGCACCCGACGUCGAUACCGAGCUGGGAAAGAAGUUCGACGACGCUCACGUCCAAGAAGCCCGUCCAAAUCACAGAAAACCAUCGUUGUUUACAUGGAGGCCCCGUCGCAGACGCAGGCUGCUGCUUUUUAUUGUGGGCGCCUAUCUGCUUUAUUUGUUCUACAAAAAUAUUCCCACCGACCUUCGACCUGCUGUCGAGCGAUAUGAUCCCCGGUUUGCAAAGCCGCAACCCUUUCAACAUGCUGCACAGGACGAUUCUACCACAUCAGACGAUGGUGCUGGACAGGACUACAAAGGCCGCCUUAAAUUUCCCUGGUUGUCUACAACAUUAUAUCAUGCCCGCGCGGCUACCAAGGGGAUCGAUAACUCGGUCCUCUUUGCAGCUGCUGAUCUGUACAGCGUGUCCGAUCUAAUCCCAUUAGCAUGUGAGAUGGCGCGUCGUCGGACGAAUACCGUGCAUUUCGUGCUCGGGGGCAGAGAUCGAGUGACGAUUGAGGGUAUACAACAUGUGAAUGGCAUUAGUAAUGGGGACUGUCCCAUUUUCUGGCAUGACGCCCACUUGGAUCAUUCGUCUGCGUCCGCAGAGGAACGUUUGGAGACUGGGAUGGUCGUGAGUGCGGACUAUAUUGAUGCAUUUUUGAGGCCAAAAGCUAUAAUUACACAUGAUGAUAACUUCGAAGAGAACUAUUUCUACAAUGCGAUCAGGCAGAGCGCAAAUUGGAGGGGUACAACUCUUAUCAGUUUGCCUACAAAGGCCUUAGAUUUCAUAUGGUUAUCGCGUCUGGACAGUAGUUCGCUUAAAGCGUGGAAUGACGUGCACGUGGAUAUGCUUGUUCAUGCCCCUACAGACUCUUCCGGGUCUUUGAUCAGGCUCCUUCGCUCAUUAGAGAAAGCAGACUACCUUGGUUCGAAACCUUCAUUGGCGAUUGAAAUGCCUUUCCAGACAGACCCCUUUUUGCUGGAAUUCGUCAGGACAACAGCGUCAAAUGAACACUUUCCUGUAUACACCACCCUGCGGCGUCGCGUGGCCCCCGGUAUGACACCAAUACAAUCUACUGUGCGCACAGUGGAAGCAUUUUACCCCAAAGACUCAGCGGGAUCUCAUCUGCUUCUUCUCUCCCCUCAGGCAGAGCUUUCUCCCUCUUUUUACCAUUAUUUAAAGUAUACCAUUUUGCGAUAUCGCCAUUCAGUCCAUGCUGUAAAUGAAUCAUCUAACCUGCUUGGUGUAUCUCUUGAGCUGCCGGCUCGCAAGCCUACAGACGAUUCUCUCCUCUCCAUUCCCACCGAAUCUGACACGCCAUUCUUCAAAUGGCAGGCUCCGAAUAGCAACGCCGCGCUGUAUUUUGGAGACAAGUGGGCUGAACUUCACACUUUCCUGGCAAGCUGCUUAGCCGCCGCCGCUCGCUCUAAGGUAGAAGCUCGUGAAAAGCUUAUAUCAACAAAGUAUCCGUCCUUCAUGGAGGAGCUAUUCGAGCUUAUGCGAGUCAAGGGAUAUUAUAUGCUGUAUCCCUCGUUCCCGUUAACACAGGGAUUUUCCUUGGCGACAAUCCAUAAUGAUCUUUACCAGCCACCAGAAGAGUUCCAAGUUGGGAGCUCCCCGUCUGAUCAUCAAUGGGAUAACUAUCUUCAAGAACUCAGAGUCACGCCAGUCGAAGAUCUUAAUAUAGAAUUAGGAUCCGUCGAGAGACCGUUAUCUCGCCACCCAACAAUAAACCCGCUGUUUCAAAGACUACCCCUUCAGGUACCAGAGCUUGAUACACUACCACUACUAUCCUUCAAAGGCGAAACAACAUCACCAGAGAACUUUGAUGCUAACACAAAAGCGUUUGCAAGAAAAUUCAGUACUAGCGUUGGCGGCUGCAAUGAAGUUCCGGCAAGACUUGUGCAAGAAAAUGAGAACGAACCAUAUAAUAUCGAUGACCUUUUCUGCUUGGAUUUCCACUGA